AUGAGCCCGAGAACCAUGACGUCCACCGAGGUCUAUCUGCUGCCGCUCAACGACGACGGCUCGCCCCAGGUGGCCGGCGAGUACAUCUACCUCGCGCCACGGUCCAGCGACCCCGUCACCGUCCGCUUCGCAAUUGAGGGCACCUCGUCGAUAUGUCGUCAUGGCAGCCUCUGGGUCAACAUCCCCGACAAGGGCGCCGAGUUCCGCCGCGACAAGUUUCGCGAAUACAAAUUGGCCCCUGACUUCAACCGCACCAUUGAAAUCUCCAUCCCCAUCCACUCGGCCGGCGCAUUCGCCUUCUACACGACCUACGCCGAGCUCCCCGCCCUCGAGCCGCACCUCGCCGAUGCGCCGACGAAACAGCACGAACCGACCCUGAAGAAGACCCCCUUAUACUACAUCGAUGUCGCGCCGAGGCUGCAGCUCGACGGGUGCCCGUUGCCCUUGCCCGCGCUGUCCGUCUUCUCCAUCAUUGGCAAGCUCAUGGGCAGAUACCCGUCCGACUGGGAAAAGCACCUGCGCGGCAUCAGCGCCAGGGGCUACAACAUGGUGCACUUUACGCCGUUGCAGGUCCGGGGCGAGUCCAACUCACCAUUCAGCUUGUACGACCAGCUGGCUUGGGACCCCGAGUGCUUCCCCAACGGCGAGGCCGACGUCAAGAAGCUGGUGGAGAGCAUGGAGCAGGAUCACUCCCUCCUCAGUCUGACAGACAUUGUCCUCAACCACACAGCCAAUAACACAAAAUGGCUGCAGGAGCAUCCCGAAGCGGGAUACAACCUGACGACCGCGCCUUGGCUGGAAUCGGCCUAUGAGCUGGACACCAAGCUGCUGGAAUUGAGCACCAAGCUCAAGAGCCUCGGGCUACCCACGAACCCCCAAUCCACCGACGACCUCAUGCGCAUCAUGGAUGCCGUCAAGAAGGAGGUCAUUGCUGAGAUACGCCUCUGGGAAUAUUAUGCUCUCGACGUUGAGCGCGACGCCGACUCCGCCGUGGAAGCAUGGACGCAAGGCAAGACUUCCGACGUCAAGCAGCACGACGGCUUCCAAGACAGGGUAGAUCGCCUGAAGCGACGUGAUCUCGCCGCAGAAGUCGAUUUUAUCAAGGACUUCGGCUUGACCGGUAUGGAUCGCCUGGGCGCGCGUCACCGACGAAAGACCGAUCCCUCCGUCGCGGCCACACUGCUCUCUUUUGGCUUUGGGCGCUACGAGGGAAAGAAUCCGGAUUCGCCAGACAAGGCAGCCGCACGAAGCAGAAUGGUCGAGAUCUUGGACGCCUUGAACGUCGACUUUUACAAGGAGUACGACUCUGACGUCACCGAGAUCCUCGAGCAACUGUACAAUCGCAUCAAGUACGUGCGCCUUGACGAACAUGGCCCGAAGCUUGGGCCCAUCAACGACGCGAAUCCCCUCAUCGAAUCGUACUUUACACGGCUUCCAUCUAACGCCACCACCUCAAAGCAUGCACCGCAGGACCGGGCUCUGGUCAACAAUGGCUGGGUCUGGGGCGGCAAUGCGCUGGUUGACAACGCCGGGCCCGACUCCCGGGUGUACUUGAGACGUGAGGUUAUAGUUUGGGGUGACUGCGUCAAGCUGCGGUAUGGCUCGGGGCCUAAAGACAGCCCGUGGCUCUGGGAGCACAUGACAGCAUACGCUCGCCUCCUGGCCAAAUACUUUGCCGGCUUCAGAAUCGACAACUGUCAUUCGACCCCGCUGCAUGUGGCUGAGCACAUCCUCGACGAGGCACGCCGAGUUCGGCCGGACUUGUACGUCGUUGCCGAGCUGUUUACCGGAUCUGAAGAGAUGGACUAUGUCUUUGUCAAGCGGCUAGGUCUGAGCUCACUGAUUCGCGAGGCCAUGCAGGCUUGGAGCACGGCUGAGCUCAGUCGGCUCGUUCACAGACAUGGUGGCCGGCCCAUCGGCAGCUUCGAGGUCGACGAGAUCACGCGCUCUGACGGGACAUCGCCUCCUACGUCGCCUCUCAGAGAGGAGCCAAAUGGGGAUUUGACCCGCGAGAUCAUUCGAAGGAUAAAGCCGACGCCGGUACAUGCGUUGUUUAUGGACUGCACUCAUGACAAUGAGACUCCGGCGCAGAAACGCGACGCACGAGACACGCUGCCCAACGCGGCGCUCGUCUGCAUGUGCUCCAGCGCCACUGGCAGCGUUAUGGGCUACGACGAGAUAUAUCCUCGGCUGGUCGAUCUCGUGAAUGAGAAGCGAACUUACACCUCCGAAUCAUCAAGCACCGGUACAGUCAAGGUUGGCGGCGGCAACAAUGGCAUCGGCGGAGUGAAGAAGCUCCUGAACCAAAUCCACACGCUCAUGGGCAAGGACGGGUACGACGAGACACACAUCCACCACGAGGAAGAGUACAUCACCGUUCAUAGAGUACACCCAGAGUCGAGGAAGGGCUACUUCCUCAUCGCCCACACGGCCUUCCCCGGCUACGGAAAUGGUAAUGGCGCGUUCAACGCAGUCCACCUCACCGGCACACGAGCCAGGCAUUUAGGCAGCUGGAUGCUGGAAGUUGAUGCCAGCGAGGAAGCCACGAAGCAGGUUCUGGACGACAAGAAGUUCCUUCGUGGCUUGCCGAGCCGCGUCUCCGACUUGGCCGGGGUCAAGAUGGAAGUGCAGGGCGAGGACACCAUAAUCACCGUCCGCGACAAGUUUCCCCCUGGAAGCAUCGCGCUGUUCGAGACCUGGAUACCGGCCGCAGAGCACUCGGCCGGCUUAGACACCUACAUCACAUCUGGUGCCCGGACGGCCUGGAGCGAACUGGACUUGGUCGACCUCAACUUCCUGAUGUACCGUUGCGAAGCUGAAGAGCGAGACUCGAGCGGCGGUCAAGACGGUGCAUAUGAUAUCCCGGGACACGGCAAGCUCGUGUACGCCGGCCUGCAAGGCUGGUGGAGCAUACUCAAGGAUAUCAUUCGCGACAACAACCUCGCACAUCCUCUUUGCCAGAAUCUGAGGGAUGGGACAUGGGUCUUGGACUACAUCGUGGGACGAGUCGAGCGCAUGAGCAAGACACCCGGUAACGAGCAACUUGCAAAGCCUGCGACAUGGCUCAAGGAGAGAUUUGAUGCCCUCCGUACCAUUCCCAGUUUCCUCUUGCCUCGCUAUUUCGGGCUUGUCCUGCGUACCGCGUAUACGGCAAGCUGGCAGAGGGGCAUGGAGCUCAUGAGCGACAAUGUCAAGGACGGCCAGUGGUUCAUACAAAGUCUCGCCAUGGUCAGCGUCCAGCAGACGGGCUUCGUCAAGUCGGCGUCUCUGUGGCCAAACAAGUCGGUGGCUUCAGUCGCGGCUGGCCUGCCACAUUUUGCAGUCGAGUGGGCAAGAUGCUGGGGCCGCGACGUUUUUAUUUCCAUCCGUGGCCUGUACUUGGGCACUGGGCGGUUCGCGGAGGCCAAGGAGCACAUCCUUGCCUUUGCCAGCGUGCUGAAGCAUGGCAUGAUUCCUAACCUGCUCAGCAGUGGCGACGCCCCACGAUACAACUCCAGGGACUCUGUUUGGUUCUUCCUGCAGACGAUCCAGGACUAUAUCCACUUCGCCCCGGACGGCCCUAGCUUGCUUCAUGAGAAGGUCAAGAGAAGGUUCUUGCCGUAUGACGACACGUGGUUCCCGACCGACGACCCGCGAGCCUACUCGAAGGAGAGCACCAUUGAGGAGGUCAUCUUUGAGGCUCUGCAGAGACAUGCCUCCGGUAUGAAGUAUCGCGAGGCCAACGCCGGGCCGCAAAUCGAUUCGCAGAUGAAGGAUGAGGGCUUCAACCAAGACAUCAAGGUGGACUGGAACACCGGUAUUGUUUUUGGUGGCAACCAGGACAACUGCGGUACGUGGAUGGACAAGAUGGGCGAAAGCGAGCGCGCGGGCUCCAAGGGCGUCCCUGGAACUCCUCGUGACGGCGCAGCCAUCGAGAUCACCGGUUUGCUGUACAGCACGCUUGCCUGGCUGUCUGACCUCAGCAAGCGAGGCAAUUUCGCCAAGUCUGGCGUCAAGAAGCCCGAUGGCAGCGACAUUUCGUUCGCGGACUGGGCCAAGCUCAUCAAGGACAACUUUGAGAGGUGCUACUACGUACCGCUGUCGCCCAAGGACGACUCCAAGUACGACGUCAACUCCAAGAUUGUCAACCGCCGCGGCAUCUACAAGGACCUGUACAGGUCUGGCAAGGAGUACGAGGACUACCAGCUGCGCGCCAACUUCCCCAUCGCCAUGACGGUGGCGCCCUCGCUGUUCGACGCGGACCACGCCAUGCACGCGCUUUGCCUCGCCGACAAGGUGCUCCGCGGGCCGACGGGCAUGGCGACGCUCGACCCGGCCGACCUCAACUACCGGCCCUACUACCGCAACAGCGAGGACAGCGACGACUUCGCCACCAGCAAGGGCCGCAACUACCACCAGGGGCCCGAGUGGCUCUGGCCCACGGGCUUCUUCCUCCGCGCCCUCCUCAAGUUCGACCUGCGCCGCCGCGCCUCGCACGAGGGCCGCGUCGAGGCCUUCCAGCAGGUGACGCGCAGGCUCGAAGGCUGCAAGCGCAUGAUGGAGGAGAGCGAGUGGGCGGGCCUGGCGGAGCUGACGCAGAAGAAUGGGGAGUACUGCCCCGACUCGAGCCCGACGCAGGCGUGGUCGGCAGGCUGCCUCAUCGACCUGUACAUGGACGCGAUAGAAGAGCAGCACCGGCACGAGACCAGCAGGUGA